AUAAAGAAUACCAGUUACACCAAUUGCUAAAUUUAUAGAUAUAUUGUACUGUACAGUCGGACACUCUGUAAUGCGGUACUCCCAUAACAAGAACCAAAAAUUGCGCCAUGCGUAUGACGCGAUGAAGAAGUUGCUGGAAAUGACUCAUUUCUAAUAUGAAAAUAUGUGUACGUUUGAAUUGAUUCGAAACUCAGUUUUGCAUUAACUCUUGUGUGACAAGGAGAUAUUGUUUACAGUGUCCAUUAUGUAAAAGUUAUUAUCGCACAACACAUUAUUUUGUCAUACUAAAAAAAGACUACAUAUUUAUUUAGUUAUAGUUUCUUCUGCGCUCUUGGAUACAUAUAACGCGAAAUCUAACACGGAACGAAUGUCUCGCGUUAUAGGCAGUCCUACUGUAUUGUAUCAUAUACUGCGUUGCAAGGAAAAACUAGACUAUUAAUAAAACAAAUCAGAGAAAGAGAUUAAAUUCCGCAAAAGAUAAUAUAAGUAAGAUGUAAAAAGGAACUAAAUAUCAAUAAAGAUAUUUGAGAUGUAGCUAUGUAUUCAAUAAUAGUGUUCAAUAAUGUAUUCAAAUAAAAGUAAAUUAACAUGUUUAGUUCAGAUGGAUACAAUUAUGUGAGAAGAUAUAAAACUUAUGUCCAACAGUAAAUCACGGAUUUUAUAAAAUAUAUAUAAACAUAUAUCAACCAUACAUAACAAAUAUAAAAAUAUGUGUAUGUGUGUGUGUGUUUACAUUAUUCACAAAAUUGAGCGUAAAAUUAUUAAAACAAUUACUAUCGUAUAUCAAUAGUAGAUUUACUUGCAGACAGAUAAAAAUAAAUCGAGGAAUUAACAUGGAAAGAAUUAAAUUUAUAAAAGAAUUAGACAAAUAAAGAUUAGAUACAUAUGAACUAGACAAAUAGGAAUUAGAUAAAUAAGAAUUAGAAAAAGUAUAUUUGAGGGAACGAACGCAAAGUUUGAAAAACCUUACGUAAAGAAGGAUAUCAUAGCAGGAUGGCCAAGAAUUGCCAGAAAGAAAUUUUGCAUCUCUAAAGUCAAAGAGAGAGAAAUGUUUAGAGUUCGCUAAGAUCUAUUAAAUUAUGAUACAAAAUUUUGUUAAACUGUUAUAUUUUUUGAUGAAACAAAAAUAGAUUUAUUUAACGUGAGCUCCAUAACUCCGCUAAUCUUCACCAUCAACACAGAUGUACGUUAAAUUUUGAAAGUGACUUUGAAAGUUUGAUUAAUUUGAUUAGUGUUGUUAUUGACAUAUAGAUCUUAUGACAUGACUCGUUUUACUUUUUUUAUUACUCGAGAUAGUUUGUAUGAUAUGACAACAAUAAUAACGGCAGAGCUAAAGCUAAAAUAGCUGAGAUUUUUGUUUAUUGAAUAGGUCUUAUAAAUGUAGGAUAUCAUAUUAUCGCUGUUGUUCUGUAUAGGGUGCCCCACGCAGCUGGACAUACUAUAAUCUUGUAACGGUAGAAGAUAGAAAAGAAUCUCAUCAGGUAAAAUUUUGAUUAAUCUAACCGUAGGUGUCCACUCUGAAAGUAGCGGUAUUUUAAAUAUUUAAAAAUCACCUGUAUAUCUUUAAAUGGAAUUAUAAAUUUCUGUAUACAUCGAUAGAUCUUUAUAUUAUCUAUGAAAAGCUAUUAAAGCACUUAUAUCGAGAACUGAUUAAUUUCAAAUAUUUUUAAUCUUAAUCUUAUAAAAUUUAUUAUAUGGAAAAUGACAAAAAAAAGAUUUAUAAAUCUACUUAAAAGAAUAGACUUAAAGAUAGACAUGAAAGAUGUGUGAUUUAAGAUCCCGAUCGCGUGUUAUUUGAAACCGUUUAAUUUCGCUUAAUAAAAUAUUUUUCUGUCUUUUACAGUUUCAGAGUUAUAGCUUGACCUUUUGACAAUUUGUUACGUAGGAGACCUCGUAUAUAUAUAUACAUGUACACAUAUAUACGUACAUACGUGAGGACAUACAUAUUAUAUGUGCAAAUGCUUAAGUACUAUCUAUUUAAACAUUGUUGCACUAUCGACAUAUAGUUGAUAAUCAUUUUACAUGAUACAAUAAUUUUAAAGCACAAACUGAACGCUUUGUACUUAUACAGUUUCAUAUAUAUUCAGUAUAGCGAAUAUAUACUACUAAAUAUUACAGAAUCUUUAGUAACGUUUUUUAAAGCACUGCACAUACAAUUGUAAUGCAUUUAAAUCUUUAAAAUAAUAUAUAUAUUUUAAAUGAAAUAUGAAAAAUAAUAGCUUCCAGCAUAGAAUCAGUAAAUAAGCUCAAGUAUAAAUUGAUAAGCAUCGUUGCAUUACAAUGCAACAUUGUUAUCGCUCUUUUUGUUCAAACGAGUCUCUAGUACAACAUGAGAUUCUUUUGCAAACAAUAAAUUUAUGCUUGGUUGGCUAAUCAUAGCUAAUUAUAUAUGUAAAGCAAAUAAUAUUUAGCUCUGAUGCAGUCAUUGAAUAACAUAACGUCCAAGAUGCACAAUCCGAAGCUAGGAAAUGUUGCCAAAUGUUAAUCUCAGUCAUCAUCAAGCAUGAGUCAAUAUGUUUUCGAGAUGUAAUACACACCUUGAAUCGCAAUUGUGGAUACGUUAGUUUAAUUUUUCAUGCUUCGAAUGCGUAGACCGUCCAUCGAGAAUUAUCAUUGUUUUUCAAGUUUCUAUGAAUAUUUUAUAUGCAUUAAGAACUUUGUUUUAACAUAGCGAAAUAUACUAUAAUCUAGAUAAGUUGAUUUGAGUUGAGUCGUUGAAUGUGCUAAUAUAAUGUUGAGAUCUAAAAGUAAAAAUUUAUUAAAUGGAAGUUUAAUAGUGGAAAGAAAAUGUUUUUGUAUUGCUAUGCCCGUCCGAUAUUAUUUAGAAACUUUAUAAUAAUAUUUUUAAUAAUGUAUAAUAUAUUUAAUAAUCCAAAGAUUAUUCAAUUUCUUCAAUUCAUUCAUUGUAAUGAAAUUUCAAGAUAUUAUAAACGUAUGAUAUAGACGUGUCCCAACUGUAUAAUUCGAAACAUUAAAUUGGAGCAUAGCAUUGCAUACAUAUAUCGCAUAAGUAAAAAAAUUGCUGCAUUUAUUAAAAUAAAGCAAAAGAACUUUUGAUCUAUAAAUGUGUACGAAACAUACUUGUUUUAAUCAAUAAAUAUUUAAUAACACAGGGUUUGGUAGUUACUGUUAGUGUUAAAUUAAAAUGUCUUAUACGUUUAAUAAUGAUUGUAUCGCAAUUUUAAUACAAUGGAACGUGUAAUGCUUCUUAAUGUUUUCAGGUAUUAGUUCAUUAUUUUUAAGAGAUUAAUAUAGACAAAACUAAUAGAUGCACAAAUCACCGUACAAACCUUGUGGGAUUCAGUCAUAUAAUCAUGUCUACUAAAAAAGACGAAGAGUUAUUUAGUGAAAAUGAAAACAUGUCAAAGAAAGAAACAGAAAAUGUAUAUAAUUCCGAUGAAAAUUUUGAUCCACCUGAUGGUGGUUGGGGUUGGGUUGUAGUAGCAGAAGUUGGAUUUUCUAAUCUUUGUAUAUUAGCAAUGUUGCAAUCUUUCGGAUUACUAUUUAAAGACAGAUUUACAGAAUUGGGAAUCAAUUCGUCACAAAUAGCGACUAUAAUAAACACAAAUUUUGCAGUAUAUUCUUGCAUUGGUUUAGCUAAUGGUCCUAUGUUUAGAAAAUUCAGUUAUAGGCAAGUAGCUUUCGUAGGCGCUCUAAUUUGUGCUGUAUCAAUCAUAGCAUUGUCAAUGAUAAGAAGUUUUAUUGGAGCUUUAAUUUUCUAUUCUAUUUUAUACGCUGCUGGAUUUGGUAUAACGAUGUCGGCAAAUACUAUAGCUUUAAAUACUUACUUCAGAAAGAAAAAAAGAAUUGCUGUUGGUCUUAGCUGGACCUGUUCUGCCAUAGGACCAAUAAUAAUUCCGCUAAUAAUUACAUUUCUGACGCCAAUAUAUGGUAUAGAAGGCACUAUACUUAUUUUUGGCGGUUUUUCAUUUAACGCCGUAGUUUGUGCUCUUCUGUUACAACCUAUUUCUUGGCACGUAAAAAAGAAACAAGAUAUAAAAAAAUCUCUGAAUAUCAAAAACGAGAGCGCCGAAGAAUUGCCAAUGAUUGAUGAGAUAACAAUGAAUGUUACUUCUGAAAGUGGAUCGUUGGAAAAUGCUGCUAAUUAUAGUAUCUGGAAUCUUGCAAAAGAAAAGUUUGGAAGCCAAUAUUUGUAUUAUGACGAUGAAUAUGGUGCUUCCAGUAUAGGCGUAAUAGGUCCUGGAACACCAAUGAUGUCCAAAGCUAAUGAUGGAUGGUUCUCUAGAAGAAAUACUUCAACUAUAUCGAUGUCGUCUAAAGCAUCGAGAAAGGAAAGCUUUACACGGGAUUCAAGCCCAACACCAUCAAUAAAUUUAAGUAGACGAUCCAGCCUUAAUAGAAGACCGUCGCUUAAAAAUGUUAAUAGACCAAACAGUGAGACAGAAAAUAGUCGAAGAAGACGUUUGAGUUAUCAAUUAUCUUGCGAACAUAAUGCGUAUCUUGAAGAUUGCAAAAAUCCAAAUUGUCAGCAAAAAUUGCAACAAAAUUCAAUAACGCUCGAAGAAUUUAAAAGUGAUCAACUCUCGGAAAAAGAAUGUGUCGAGAAAACAACAAAGAAAACGUUCUUGGAAGCAUUGAUAAUCUAUUUCGACCUAAAUCUUCUUCGCGAUUCUGUUUACGUAAAUAUAGUAUUGGGUAUUACCUUCGCCAAUUUCGCAGAGUUCAAUUUUUCGCUCUUGACACCGUUCAUAUUGAGCGAACGUGGAUUAUCAAAAAUUGAGAUUGCGACUGCAAUGUCAAUUCUUGCUAGUUUCGACAGGGUCACUAGAUUGAUAAGUCCUUUUAUUGCCAACUUUAUCGGGUGGCAAAAUAGGACUUUCUUUCUAAUCGGUAUUUGUGGAAUGGCGACAGGUCGUAUUGUUUUAGCACACGUUAAAAAUUUUGGAGUUAUCUUGGCAGUUGAGGCUCUAAUUGGGGUUGGAAAAGCUUUGAAAACAAUCUUUGCAGCCCUUGUAAUCCCUAGUCAUGUUCCUCUAUCGAGGCUUCCGGCUGCGACUGGUAUACAUCUUCUAACUUGUGGUAUUGUUUCAUUGACCUUAGGGCCAAUACUUGGUUGGAUUAGAGACAUAACUUCAAGUUACGUAAUUAUGCUUCUGUUUGAACAUUUUUACGUACUUGACUGUAAUUUCGUGGAGCUUAGAAAUCUACUCUACGAAACGAAAUUAAAAUUAAAAUUAAAUUAAACAUUUAAUGCAAUUAAACAAUUAACAUGCACUCUAACACCGAAUAUUGUUCUUCUUCUUUUUUGUUGACGUAGAAUGAAUAGAACGUCUUGUUUCCCUUUUUUCUGAAUAUGGAAAUUAUUUAUUAUUAUUUAUAUUCAUUAUUUAAAACAAACUUAUGAAUUAGCAGAAAAUAAUCUGUUUGUUAGUUUAGUCUCGUUUAGAUCACUGGAACUGAAUUUCCUCGACAAUCAACGUGUUUUUUUAUGAUAUGGAAUCUGUACAACAACAAAUAAACAAGCACGUAUUUUGUAUUUAUUUAUAACAAAACAUGGCGUAUGAUCAUAUAACAGACAACAGAUAAGAAAUAAUUAACAAUGUAUUUAAAUUAUGUAAAUGUUAACAUUGAAUUUUAGAUAUCAGCUUUUCUGAGAUAAGAAGAAGAUAUGAAUACUACUGAUUAUCUAUCCUUCCGUAUUGUUAUGAACAAUUUUAAUUCACUGUUGUAACGUGAAUCGUAAAAUGUAGGCGGAUGAUAUUUAUAUACACUUGAAGUGCUAAAUGACGUAAAUAUAAAAAUUAGGACAACACGACACUAUAUGAUUUUACAUUAAUAAUGAAAUAUUUUCAGUUUACGCGAUAUGCAAUGACAAAGCAUUAUAAAGAUAAAGAUUAGAUUAAUCAGCGGUACGUACUUGACUUUAUCGUUUACAAGGUAGAAUUCACUUUGUGCGAAACUUCUCUCAGUACCUGCCAUGUUAGGAAUAUAAGACUGAUAUCAACGUCGUUUAUUGUAAUUACUCUAUUAUGCUGUAAAAUUGUCUUAAUUUCGUUUAAGUACAUUGUUAUGAAACUGUGUGAGUGUGGCUCAUGUUUUUUAUGUUGAAAAGAAUGGCAAGAUGUGUUCACUAAAAAAUAAGUGAAACCCUUUACGCUUGUUAUUAGGAAUUAAUCUAUUGUGUUAAGUUUUUAAGUUGUUAUUACUAUCAGUGUUAUUAGAAAUUAAUCUCGUUUAAAUGUAAAUGAUAUAACCAUAAGAAACGCGACAUUAGGUAAUAUAACUUUUAAAUAUACGUAAGAUGUUAACCGAGAAAAUGUAAAGAAGAUUAUUUAAAAAUUAAUAUAUUUUUAUUGUUAAUGCUCUGUGAACAAAGAUGAUAUAGAUAAAGAAGCCACUGCAAUAAUAUUUUAUUAUGUUGUGAUACAAUUUGAACAAGAAUAAAGAAAGAGAAUAAAAACAAAA